AUACACUGAGUGGAGAUGCACUUUCUGAUGGUACUCGUCCUAAUUGCUCUUUUGGCCAUGGCCUUUGUGAGUGCGAACCCAUUUCCGCAUCCCAAUGGAGAAGUCAUCGUUAUUGUCAACCCAAAAGUCCCAGAUGGCUUUUAUAGCAUCAACAUGCGUGUCCUUCUAUUAAUUGCUGUCCUCGCUCUCCUGGCCAUUUCCGGUGUGAUGCCAUUAAGAAGACAUAAGAACAGACCGACUAUUCCUCCUUUGCCCAAAUGGCCUAAGGGGGGUGGACCCGGUCCAGUCAUUGGGCAUCUUCCCCCACUGAAGAAGCACGGAAAAAUUCAUAGAAACAUCAGCUAGUAAAACUUUCCAGCGAGACAAUUGUUUAAAUACCAAAGCACAAAUAAAUAUUUUGUAGCAGAA